UUUUAUUUAUAAUUUGAUUGGAAUGGAAUUCGAUUCUCGGAUGGUAGCUUUUGGACCACAACUCAGAAAGGUAUGGACGAGUUCUGUAACCUCUGGAGUGAUCAAAGUUAGCCUCCUUCACGAAACUUCGCUUGGUAAUGACCCAGCUCAAUUCCGGAAAAUCUGCAUACCUCGAGAUGGAAGGUGUUUGUUCCGGUCUGUAGUUCAUGGUGCAUGCCUGAGAUCAGGGAAGCCAUCCCCAAGUGAGAGCCAUCAGAAAGAAUUUGCAGAUGAGCUCAGAGCUAAAGUAGCAGAUGAAUUCGUUAAGAGGCGAGCAGACACUGAAUGGUAUCUCGAAGGAGAUUUUGACAGGUAUGUUGUAUAUAUGCGGCAGCCUCACAUUUGGGGAGGAGAGCCUGAGUUGCUGAUGGCCUCCCAUGUCCUACAGAUGCCAAUCACUGUUUACAUGAAGGGCAAGAAUUCUGGUAGCCUCAAAAUUAUAGCUGAAUAUGGUCAGGAGUAUGGCAAAGAUAACCCCAUCCGUGUCCUUUACCAUGGUUAUGGACACUACAAUGCAUUGCGGAGCCCAAUCGGUGGUGCAGAAUCCAAGCUGUAGUAACAUAUCUUGCCUGUUAUUUAUGCUUUACAGCAUAACUGAAUACAUCAGAAAUGGUUUAGGAAACUCAUAUCUAAUUCUAGUUUAAGGUCACUGUUAAAGUUGCCUUGAUAUCAUGAAUUAAUGUUCAUAGAUCAUCUAGGUAUCCACAUCUCUGCUACAUUUCACCUAUACAUGUGUCAAAAUGUAUGCAACAAUUUGUAGUGCAGACUGAAAAUGACUGAUUAUUUAGUUGUAGCGUCU